AUGAAAGAAAGCCUCAAAGAACUGGGAGCGAACCAUUCAACCUCGAAUGCUAACCCAUUUUGCUGCCUUUGUCCGCCAGUAUAUGCUGCGUAUACAAAUAGCCCUAUGAAAAGAGUGUCGAGCAGCAAAUGAGCUCAUGUGGAAUGUAAAAUUUACUUACUCCGCCCCUACGUGAGUGAACAAAACCAUUGAAAAAAUCCCUAUUUUUUGCCAAAAACAACCACUCUCCGUGAUCGAACAAAAAUUUUUUAAUAGAAAAUUUUUUUAUGAAAAAAAAAUUUGGUAUAGCCCAGGGCGAUCAAUAAUCGCUCCUGGGCUAUAUAUAAAUGAUAAUUAGUAUAAUGAAAUUUAUAGCUAAUUCUGCUGAAUUUUAAACAAAUUACGCUUUAAAACAUAAAUUUUUUAUAAAAUAAAUUAAUAGUUGCUUCCCAAUUUUUGUGAAUUAGGAUUUUUUUAAAAUUUCGAAAAAAAAAUUUUCUCUAAAAUUUAUAUAUAAUUGUGUUUUUUUUAAAAAGAAAAAUUAACCCCCUUCGUGAGCAUCAAGAUUUUUUUGUUCGCUCACGGAGGGGGGGGGGUUAGGCACUCAAUAUAUUUUAGAAACAUACAUAGACGAGUCCGAUUCCGAUUUUCCUAUCAAAGGAGUAGAAGAUAUUGAUCCUUCUGCUUACAUAUUAAAAUGCAUCAUUUGCGAAAAAAAGUCUUGCGGAGUUUGUGUAAAUUGUGCUGAUCAGUCCUGUUCUUAUACAUUUCAUCCACAAUGUGCGCUCAGAAGAGGCUUGAGAGCAGAGCCUCCUCAUAUUUACUGUCCUGACCAUUCAAAUGCUCCAAAACAGACAAAGCCUUCUCCUCUUCCUGCACAUAUGGUAAAAUCAGAAAAGCCAACUAAAACCAAGACCCCCAAAACAGUUUUACUUAAUCACCGUUUUACGUCCUCACCCUCAUUAAAGCAUUUAAGAAGAAUUAAAAGCUCAGAAGACUCCAACCAAUUUGCGAUAAUUGAAGACAACUUCAAAAAAUUUCCUCACGAGUCACUAUCGAAAUCAUCACUUCCUUAUGAGAAAAAAGCAAUAUCAGGAACUUCAAAGCCGCCUCAGUGCCUUAAUAAGUGCAGUGUGCUGGUACAUGGGACUGAAUUAGAUGCGCUUGCACAAUUUAAUUUGGUUUCAAGAGAAAGAAAAAAGGCACUUUCAGAUGCCUUUAUUGUGCAGCCUUAUCAAGGAGAAGUAUCGCAGCUAAAAUCUGAUAUGUUUCUGAAAUACUAUAAACUCUUCAAUAGAGAAUUCGGCUCAGAUUUAGAAAUCAAUGGCAGAUGCCUAAGUGAAAGUGAAUGCGGCUUUGAUGAAGUAUCAAGAGAACUUCUGUACUGUCUUGAAUAUUUAUCAAGAAAAGUCCUUCCUUCAGUAAACCACCUCAAAGGGCUUUUAUCACUAUUAGUCGAAAAGCAACCAGUAAGGCUUGACAUGUCAAAAAUCUACGAGAUAAAUCGUGAAGCCUGACUUGUAACUCAAUGGGGCUUUAUCUAUAGAUGCCUAAAGGAUGGAUUGAGCGAAAAAGAUCCCUCAGACUAUGAGUUGAGAUUUCAUUGCAUAGAAGAAUGUGAUUGCAGCAUUUGCUACCAUUGCAAUGAAGAAGAAGCUAUUUUAAACCCUCUUAUUAGCUGCAGAGGAUGCAAACUGCUUAUGCAUAGAGCCUGUCUUGGUUUCCAAACUUAUAUAGACGAUUAUUAUUGUGAUCUGUGCAGAGAAAGAGCUGAUCCAAGAUGCAUAAUCUGCCAAAAAAAGAAUGGGCCAAUGAAAAAAGCUGGACCAGAGUGAUUCCAUAUAUCAUGCGCACUGUGGGAUCCAAAACGUGUGGAGUUUGAAGAUACAAAAUGUCUAGAAGGGCUAAGGAUUUGUGGAGAAAAUAUGGUAGGCCAAUGCAUUGUGUGCCAUAAAUCAGAUGGGUUGCUUUCUCAGUGCAAAGAUUGUGGACAACUUGCCCAUUUGUUUUGUGCUUGAAAAAAUGGUAUGAUGUUUGAAACAGAGGAUUAUAUAAGUUCAGGCAUCAGAAAGCUUCUCAUCAAAUUUGUUUGCCACUCACAUACACCAAAUCGAAAUGCUGAUGAGCAAAAAGAAUUGAGAAGCCGGCCAUUCAGAUAUUAUGAAACGCCAAGAGCUAAGCGAAAAAGACUUGAAAAUUUCUCCCAUCUAAAAAUAUAG